AUGAACAUCGACGCGGGGACGAUGCGGCCGACGGAGCACGGCGAGGUGUACGUGCUGAACGAUGGGGGUGAAGUUGACCUGGACCUGGGGAAUUACGAGCGCUACUUGAAUGUGACGCUUUCGAGGGAUAACAACAUCACGACGGGCAAGAUCUAUAGGGAGGUGAUCGAGAAGGAGCGGAGGGGUGAUUACCUGGGGAAGACCGUGCAGAUUGUCCCUCACGUCACGAACGCCAUCCAAGACUGGAUUGAGCGCGUCUCGAAGGUCCCCGUCGACGAUACUGCCGAGGAGCCCGAUGUCUGCAUCGUUGAGCUCGGUGGUACCGUUGGCGACAUUGAGUCUGCUCCCUUCGUCGAGGCCAUGCGCCAGUUCCAGUUUCGCGUCGGUCACGACAACUUCGCACUUAUUCACGUCUCUCUUGUCCCCGACAUCCACGGCGAGCAGAAGACGAAGCCCACGCAGACGACAGUGCACUCCCUUCGCGGCUUGGGCUUGCUGCCUGACUUGAUCGCUUGCCGUCUCAUCGUCCCUGAGCCUCUCCAAGCCCCGACUAAGGAGAAGAUCUCCAUGUUCUGUCACGUCAGGCCGGAACAGGUCUUUGGCGUUCACGACCUCGCGUCGGUGUACCACGUCCCUCUCUUGCUGCGCUCGCAGGGUAUCAUCGAGUACCUUCGCAAGAGGCUGUCCCUCGACACCGUCAGCAUCACGCCAGAGAUGAAGCUGAAGGGUCAGAACUUGGCGAAGCGAUGGGAGGACAUCACAAGCAGCCAGGAGCGCUUGUUCGACUCUGUCAAUAUCGUCUUGGUUGGCAAGUACACUGAUCUGAAGGACUCGUACAUGUCCGUCACGAAGUCGCUUGAGCACUCUGCGUUCCGUGUGCAUCGCAAACUGAACGUCCUGUGGAUCGAGUCGAGCGACCUUGAGCCUCAGGCAAAGGCAGAGAACCCCACGAAGUACUAUGAUUCGUGGCGCACAGUCGCCAGCGCCAACGGCAUCCUCGUCCCCGGUGGCUUUGGGCACCGCGGCACGGACGGUAUGAUCAUGGCCAUCAACCACGCCCGCGAGAAGAAGAUCCCCUUCCUCGGCAUCUGCCUCGGCUUCCAGCUCGCCGUCGUCGAGUGGGCGCGCCACGUCCUCAAGAUGCCGCACGCCACCUCGUCCGAGUUCGUCAAGGACACCGAGGAACCCGUCAUCGUGUUUAUGCCCGAGAUCUCGAAGACGCACAUGGGCGGGACGAUGCGCCUUGGCCUGCGCCCGACGGUAUUCCAGCCGGGCAGCGAGACGUGGUCGAAGACGCGGAAGCUGUACGCGGGGGCGGAGAAGAUCUGGGAGCGCCACAGGCAUAGGUACGAGGUGAACCCGGCGUUGAUAGAUCGCUUGGAGGGGAGUGGGCUGCCCUUCGUGGGGAAGGACGAGAAGGGGGAGCGUAUGCAGAUCCUGGAGCUUCGUGAUCAUCCCUUCUUCGUUGGCCUGCAAGCGCACCCUGAGUUCUGCACUCGCCCGCUGAACCCUUCGCCGGCCUUCCUUGGGUUCGUUGCUGCCGCCUGCGGUCCUGAGGUGCUCGAGCAGCAAAUUGCGUACCAGGCGCAGAACUUCACGCCACCUCACCCGGAGGAGGCAAUGGUCAGCGAGGAGAUUCUUCGUCAAGGCGUCCCGAUCGCAAAGGGCAAGACGCUCGAAACCCAAGAGGUCUUCGUCGACGGCAACUCGCGCGACAGCACACCGGAGUGA